AUGACUAAAGCUACUGAGACAGGAUUGACAUUAUUUGCAUUAUCAGCCAUUUAUUUUGCUCUUCUUACUGGAGUUAUUCCAACACCUACUAAAAUACAUGAUGAAAUUUUACCAUAUUUACCAUGGUGGGGAUUAGUUUCAUUUGGUUCAUUUGCUUUAAGUACUUUAGGUUGGGGUAUUGUUACUUUUAAAGAUAAAGAACAUAAAUAUCAAGAAUUGAAAAUCCAAAUUGAAGAAGCUAAAGAAUUUUAUAAAACUAAAGGUCUUGAAUUGGAUUAA